CGGGCCUGGGGUCGCGCCCGGCCAGCGCGGGGUGGCGAGGCGGUUGGUUGGGGCCGGUGGCGGCCGAGGCGCGGCGGGGUCAGUUCUCUUUAGUGUUUGCCGAUGUUGGAAGCGCCUCCAAAGUGUCCCUGGGAGCCAGUAAAAAUCAAUGGCACAUGUUAAAAUGCAGGCUACACCAAACCACUCUGGAUCUGCCCUUUCCCCAGUGUCGCUGUCCCCAUCUGUAACAAGUUCAGCAGUUUUUCAGAGUUCAGUGAAUGGAUCCACUUCAGAAUCAGCUGUUAACUGUAGCAAUUCUGCAAUGCGUCAUUCUGUGCCUUCUAGUAACCCACAGGUUCCAUUCCAAGCUAACAUGGCAAACCCCAAAGAGAAAACUCCAAUGUGUCUGGUCAAUGAGUUAGCUCGUUUCAAUAGAAUUCAACCCCUGUACAAGCUUCUGAAUGAGCGAGGACCUGCACAUGCCAAGAUGUUUACAGUGCAGCUGACUCUUGGUGAGCAGACAUGGGAAGCUGAAGGAAGCAGUAUUAAAAAAGCUCAUCAUUCUGCUGCUAGCAAAGCUCUACAUGAAACUACCCUCUCCAAGCCAACACCUAGACCACCAAAAAACAAUGUUAAUAAUAAUCCAGGCAGUAUCACCCCAACAGUGGAACUGAAUGGUCUUGCUAUGAAAAGAGGAGAGCCUGCAAUCUAUAGACCACUAGAUCAAAAGCCAAAUCCAAACCACAGAGCAAAUUACAACUUUCGAGGCAUGUACAAUCAGAGAUACCACUGCACAGUGCCCAAGAUUUUCUAUGUCCAGUUGACUGUGGGUGGACAUGAGUUUUUUGGUGAGGGGAAGACUCGCCAAGCUGCUAGACACAACGCUGCAACAAAAGCACUUCAGGUUCUUCGGAAUGAACCAAUUCCACCCAAGUUGCCUCAGAAUGGAGAAUCAGGUAAAGAAGUAGAAGAGGAAAAGGAUGCAAACAAGUCAGAAAUCAGCCUAGUGUUUGAAAUUGCUUUGAAGCGCAACAUGCCUGUCUGUUUCGAGGUGAUAAAGGAAAGUGGGCCACCACAUAUGAAGAGUUUUGUUACUCGAGUGUCAGUGGGAGACUUCUCUGCAGAAGGUGAAGGAAACAGCAAGAAACUGUCAAAAAAAUGUGCUGCAAUAGCUGUCCUGCAAGAACUUCAAAAACUCCCCUCUCUUCCUGUGAUCGAGAAGCCAAAACUUCACUUUAAAAAACGCUCCAGACCAGCAUUAAAGACAGGAUCAGAAUAUUGUCAAGGAAUGAACCCUAUAAGCCGUUUGGCUCAGAUUCAACAAGUCAAAAGAGAGAAGGAACCGGAAUAUCUUCUUCUUUCAGAAAGAGGGAUGCCUUGUCGCCAAGAAUUUAUUAUUCAGGUCAAAGUGGGAAAUGAAAUUACAACAGGAACAGGCCCAAACAAGAAAAUAGCAAAAAGAAAUGCAGCUGAGGCUAUGUUGCUACAGCUUGGCUAUAAGGCCUCUUCUCUCCUUGAAGAACAGCUAGAAAAGCCAGGAGAUAUCAGGGGGUGGAACGGUCAAAACGCUGGAUAUCCUGCAACGACAAGCAACACACCAAAAGGAAUUCUGCAUCUCUCUGCUGAUGUUUAUCAAGAAAUGGAAGCCAGUCGCAAUAAAGCAUCACCUGCUAUCUCUGUAAACGAUAUGUCAUCCAAAGACAUGAGUCAGACUUCUAGUUGUUUCUUCAGUGUGUCUCCUACCACUAGUGGUAUGGCCACAAUUGCCAGGGAACUGCUCAUGAAUGGAACAUCCCCAGCUGCUGAAGCCAUAGGUCUGAAAGGAAUGUCAUUCACGCCUCCUUGUUCAACAGUGCAGUCUUCAAAACAACUGGAAUAUCUGGCAAGGAUCCAAGGCUUUCAGGUACACUACAGUGACAGACAAAAUGGCAAAGAAUGCAUGACCUGCUUGACACUAUCUCCUGUGCAGAUGACUUUCCAUGGUACUGGAAGCUCCACUGAAGCCAGCCAUAACCAGCCUGUUAUGGGAGCUACUAGAACAACAAUAAUACCGACAGACUGCUUGACAUCUUUUCUGCAGACUAACAAGGAACCACUUCCCAGAGCAUAUAUCCUCAUUUAUCAUAGGCAGAUAAGUGAGAGCAAAGAGGCAGCUUUAAGUGCCUUGAAACAAUUUUCAGAACAAGGUCUGGAUCCAGUGGAUGAAACAUUGAAAGUUGAAAACAGUUCAUUUGAAAAACAAGUCAAGCAUCUGGGAGAAAACGCAGACAAUAAACAGACUAACUCAGGCACCAUUGCUCAGGACUGCAAGGAUUCAAAGGCUGUCGUCUAGGAGCUUCCCAGCACCCGCGGCUGCCACUGCAUCCUUAUAAACCUGUCAACACGCAAUAGGGUGUAUGUAUACAAGGAAACGAAUGAAUAAUACCAUUAUUUGAGUCUUAUGUGAAGACAACACUAUUCUAACACAAGAUAUAGUAUGCAUGGUACUGUUUGUUGAAUGAGGGGAUUAGACAUAAAAUGUUGAACAUUUCCCCUCCAAACCUAAACAUCUAAAAUUAAAUAAUUCCGAGUGCUCCAGAGGUAGCAAAUGUCCAGUCAAACCACCCAUGUUAGACAGCAAGUAAGUAUGCAAGGCUGUGCAUGUUGAUAGAGCGGAAAGUGCUACCUGACUCAGAACUCCUUGGCCAGCCAUGCCUGAGGAAUGCUGAGAGCUGUUGGACUUUCCACUCUCUAAACAUACCUAUCAUUGCACCCUGCUUAACUAAUACUUGGAGGGAGGUUGUUAACUGUACAAUUGAAUAAUACUCCAGAGGAAAUGAGAAAUCAACACUGGAUUGAAUUACAUGACUUUUUUGUAGUGUAAUAUAAGUUCAGCGUUCCAUUUUUUUUCAUCAUCAUUAUUAUGCUUGAAUAUAUUAAAAUGAACCAAUGACAGUGCUGUGGGAGUUGUAGUUGUCUUCAUAUAUAAUCAUACAGCUUCUCUUUUUAUGCCAUCAUUAUGCAUUCUUCACAAUCUUACAGGUUACAUUCAGGCUGUAAGAUGCGCUACCCCAAGUUGUUUGCAAACUGAAGUUUAAAUCAUGAUUAGUACCUGCUUAGAUAUUAAGGACCAUUCGCAAUAUAUUCCAAGAGAAAGCCGAGAUGAUAUUUGAGUUCCCUUUGUUGACUGGUGAUGCACCUUGCCUCCAAGGAACACUUCUUUCCCUUCAUCUUGCUCUUUGUUGUGUGAAAUACAUUUACACCCCAUUCUGUGUCUUGCAUUAACUCUCAAUUUGCAUCAACUGAGUGUUUUAAUAACUGCAUCCUUAGCAAGAACAGUAAUACAGCAUGGAAACAUCUCUAGAAAGAAGGAUGAAAAGCAGUGGAGCAGAUAUGCAAAAAUGCCAGUAUUGAUAGAGGUGGAAAUUUGCACUUGUAUUCUGUACCAGAAUAUUUGAAUUAAGUGGCCAAUGCAGUAAAACCAUGUCAGUUUCUGUAUACAGCGCUUAUGCUGUCUCUUCCUUGCUUUGUAAAUAAUACAGGUCACUCUUGCCAUGUAUCACCUGUUGUAAAUACCAAGAACUGAUUUGACUAAAUUUCCUACUGUACAGCUGUCUGUUAGGAAAGACGCAUCCUUUGUAUUCAAGUGAUUGUCCUUGUAUUUUUCACAGCCUUGUCUUAUUUCACCACCAACUACUUAACACUGUGAUGCAGUAUAUGUGAAUAUAUACAUUUUCAGAAGCAUAAUGUUACCACCCAAAAGCAUAAAGUAACUAAGGAGAACUAACUCAACAUGUAUGUUAAGAACUUGCACAAACAUGUGCUAUUAUGGUGUGUUCAGAAGACUUGAGAAGAGAGACAUAUUGAUUCAUAUUUAAUAAAAUUAAUCUUACUAGUGA